UGACGACGCCGCGCUGUUUUCAAUUUUAUCUUUUGCCCUUCCGUCCUUGGCUCUUUCUUCCGCCUCUGCCCAUUUGCUCUCGAACAUAAACCCUAGGAGGCCUCACACAGCACGCUGCCAAGCGACGCACAAUGAAUUGCUCAAUUUCCGGCGAGGUGCCGGAGGAGCCCGUCGUGUCCAAGAAUUCGGGCCUACUGUUCGAGAGGCGAUUGAUUGAGCGCCACAUCUCAGACUUUGGAAAAUGCCCAAUUACUGGAGAGCCUAUGACAAUAGAUGAUGUUGUUCCGGUCAAGACAGGAAAGGUAGUGAAGCCUCGACCAGUUCAGGCUGCAAGUAUUCCUGGGAUGCUUGGAAUGUUUCAGAUCGGUGCUUCUAGUGAUAACAUGGAUUUUGAGGCCGUAAAGACCGAGCCGACAGAGGAAUCUAAGGUGGUGAAAGCCGAAUUGGACGUGGACGACGAUCCAUUGGGGUUCUUGAGCAGCAAAGAACAUAUAGAAAAGUUCCAGAGGCAUCUAACUGAAUAUAAACAAAGUUUGACGGCCAAGUAUUUUUCUGGGAAGACUAUUUUUGGAGGCAACAUAUAUGAUGUGAAAAUGAACAUCGAAGGAAACACUAUCUGGGCCAGCAGGUUUAGUCCAUAUGCAUCUUAUCUGGAUCCAGCCGCUUUUAAAGAAUUCCUCAGAAAAGACUUGGGGGGUUCUUCUGACGACGAAUCUACAAAUGGUCCAGCUGAAACUAAUUCUAGCAGAUGCUCCAACUGAAACUAAUUCUAAUGUGAAGCCUCCCUCAACCUGAGGCAACUGGCCUGGAAUCUCUAUAUAUUCUGCGUAGAUAGUGCAAGCAAUGGAAUCUUGGAUGAGACCGACUUACUGUUUCAAGACUAAUCGGAUUCUAAUGAUGGUUUGACCGAUAUCUAUAUCUAUAUCUAUAUCUAUAUCUAUAUAUACAUACAUAUAUAUUAUAUAUAUAGUUUUUACUAA